AGGAGCUGCCCUGCAGGAUCCCGGCCUGGCCAUGGCGCACGCUGCUCCCGUCCCUGAUGAUUUAGGUGAGUGAUUCCCAUCGGCAUCCCGGUGUGUUGGGGGCCGGAACCGGAUCCUGGACCUUCAGCGAUCAUUGAAGAGGUGAUGAAGGAGGACGGAUUCCAGCCGGAUCCAGCCCUGCUCCACCCCAAACCCCCCCCCCGAGCCUCGGCCAAGCUGGUCCCGCGCGGCUCCUGCCCCAUAGCGGGCCCGGCGCGGGCAGGCAGCGCCCCACAGCUCACCCAGAGCCUCAGCAGCCUCUCUCUGGGGGGGGGCACGGCGCGGAGCCGGUGGGUUCCCAACGCUGGGAAUGUGAAGGAGGAGCUGGAGGAGCUGCUGGAGCCGCCCCGGCUCGUGAUCACCGAGCAGCCCAAGCAGCGCGGGAUGCGCUUCCGCUACGAGUGCGAGGGCCGCUCGGCUGGGAGCAUCCUGGGCCAGAGCAGCACCGAGGCCAGUAAGACCCUGCCCGCCAUCGAGCUCCUGAACUGCGGCGCGAUCCCGGAGGUGACGGUGACCGCGUGCCUGGUGUGGAAGGAUUGGCCCCACCGCGUGCACCCCCAUGGCCUGGUGGGCAAGGACUGCAGCAACGGCCUCUGCCAGGUGGUGCUGAGGCCCCAGAGCAACCCCCGGCACAGCUUCAGCAACCUGGGCAUCCAGUGCGUGAAGAAGAAGGAGAUCGAGGCGGCCAUCGAGAGGAAGCUCCAGCUGGGCAUCGACCCCUUCAAAGCCGGAGCGCUCCGGAACCACCAGGAGGUGGACAUGAACGUGGUGCGGAUCUGCUUCCAGGCUUCCUACCGGGACGCGGCGGGGGACACGCGGCACCUGGGGCCCGUGCUCUCCGAGCCCAUCUUCGACAAGAAAUCCACCAACACGUCGGAGCUGCGGAUCUGCCGCAUGAACAAGGAGAGCGGCCCCUGCACGGGGGGGGAGGAGCUUUACCUGCUCUGCGACAAGGUCCAGAAAGAGGACAUAGCAGUGGUGUUCCGUACGGGCUCGUGGGAGGCCCGCGCUGACUUCUCGCAGGCGGACGUGCACCGCCAGGUCGCCAUCGUGCUGCGGACCCCCCCCUACCAGCACCUGGAGCUGGAGCAGCCGGUGGAGGUGGAGGUGGUGCUGCAGCGCCUGACGGACAGCGCCUGCAGCCAGGCCUUCCCCUUCACCUACCUGCCCCGCAGCCACGACGUCUAUGGGGUGCAGCAGAAGCGCAAGCGGGGGAUGCCGGACGUGCUGGAGGAGCUCUCAGGAUCAGAUCCAUAUGGGAUCGAAGCCAAGAGGAGGAAGAAGCCCCCGGGAUACAUGGAGCACUUCCCCCCACUGCCUGUGGCCGAUCCGCUGUUAUCCAUGGAUCCGGACCCCCUGGACCCCCCCCUCUACGUCCCCUUCGCCCCCCCGGCGCUGCCCCCCCCGUACCCACUGCUGGACCUGCCCGAGCUGCUCUCGGAGCCCUAUGGGGCGCCCCAUGGGGAUGCCCCCCCCCCACCAACGGCCACCCUGGUGGGUACCCACAUGUUCCCAGGCCACGUCUGACCCCCCCCCUGG